UACGAUUAGGAUUUGAAGGUAAAUUUUUAAUAGAUAAAUUUUAAAAAAAUAAGAAAAAAAAUUAACAAAUGUAUUAAACCGUGACAACAAAAUGACUUUAAUAAACACCAUUUUCGUUUUUGUUUUCACAAAAAAACAAAAAAACAAGAUUGUAUUUCUCUUUCGAAACAAAAAUAUAAAGUAUUUCAGGGCAGCGUUAACUUUUAAUCCAGAUGAAAUUACUUCUUUACUCUAACAGCAACACCAAACAUGUUUUUACUGUCGCCUCUAAUUUCUCUCCCUCCUUAACGGUGGCAUCUUUCUCUACUUCUUACUCUUAAAAUCUUUUCUGAAUUCCCCUCUCCUCUCCUCCCUCUUUCUCUCUCUGUCUCUGGGGUCCACCAUGCAUCUUCUACUUCCUACUGUAAUCUUUCUACUCCUCAUCUUCCUCCUCAAAUUCAUACGCUCAAUCAUCUGGGUUCCACUAAAGAUUCAACAACACUUCAACAAACAAGGCAUAGGCGGGCCCAGCUACCGUCCGAUCUUCUUCGGAAACUCGGCGGAGAUGAUAGGGCGUAUGAUGGCGGAAGCUGAAUCAAGACCAAUCGCUUUUAACCAUGAUAUUCUUAAUCGGGUGGCUCCCCACUACUACAACUGGUCAACCAUUUAUGGGAAGACAUUCCUGUUUUGGUUAGGAACAAAGCCUUGUUUGGCUGUAGCCGAACUAGACAUGAUUAAGGAGGUGUUGCUCAACACCAGUGGUUCCUUCGAGAAGAUGGAAUUCGAUCCUCUGUCUAAGCUGCUUGUUGGGGGUGGACUUGUUGAGUUGACUGGUGGGAAAUGGGCUGUUCAUAGAAGAAUCAUAAACCAGGCCUUUAACUUGGAAAGAGUUAAGGGCUGGGUGCCAGAAAUUGUGGCUAGUACUACUAAGAUGCUGGAGAACUGGGAGGAAGAAAGAGGAGGGAGAGAUGAAUUCGAGGUGGAAGUGCAGAAAGAACUUCAUAACCUCUCAGCGGACGUUAUAUCGAGAACGGCUUUUGGGAGCAGUUUUGAAGAGGGGAAGCGCAUUUUUGAGUUACAAGACCAGCAAGCUAGUCUGGUAUUAGAGGCUAUGAGGAGUGUCUAUAUUCCUGGAUUCAGGUUUUUGCCCACUAAGCAAAACAGAUUGAGGAAUAGGAUGGAGAAAGAAACUCGAGAUUCUAUAAGGACGUUAAUUGAGAUGAACAACAAAACAAGAGAAGAUUUGAAAAAUCUACUUACCUUGUUAAUGUCUGCAAACAAGAAUCAGGAUGGAAAAGAAGAGAGAUUGCAGGCGGAGGAGAUCAUAGAUGAAUGCAAGACAUUCUACUUUGCUGGGAAGGAAACAACUGCCAAUCUUCUGACUUGGGCACUUCUGCUCCUAGCAUUGCAUCAAGAAUGGCAGAGCAAGGCACGAGAAGAAGUGUUUAGCAUUUGCGGUGACAAUGGGCUUCCUGCUGCAGAGAAUUUAAAUGACUUCAAGAUGUUGAGCAUGAUACUCAAUGAAACGCUUAGACUCUACCCUCCAGCAACAAUUAUUCCGAGGAUAACAUCCAAAAAUGUUAAGCUAGGGAGCCUCGACAUUCCAGCUGACAUGCAACUCUCUUUUCCCACGACUGCUGUUCAUCAUGACACGGAGAUAUGGGGAACAGACGCCAAUGAGUUCAAUCCGUUGAGAUUUGCCGAGCAUGGAAAGCAUUUAGCCUCAUUUUUACCGUUUGGGUUAGGUCCCACAACCUGUGUAGGGCAAAAGUUAGCAGUGGUUGAAGCAAAAGUUGUUCUAGCUAUGCUCAUCCAACAAUAUUCUUUUGAGGUAUCACCAUCAUAUGUUCAUGCCCCCAUGCAAUCUCUAACCUUGCAACCGCAAUAUGGUGCCCACAUCCUGUUUAGGAGGAUUCUAAAUUGAAUAUGUAGUAGAAGUGUCAAAGUGUUUAAUACACAUAAUAUGUUGUUUUUGACUUCCUUUGUUCUAACAUGAAUGAUAAAUUAGAAAAUUUUCGGUGUA